AUGGAGGAUUUUGCUUCUGCUGCCUCACGCGAGCAGAUUAGUAUACCCAGCGUAGAAAAGGUGGUGCAGCAAUGGAGGAAGCCGAGCCAAGGUCGUGGUAAACUUAAUUCGGACGCUGCAGUUAAGGAAAAUAGAUGUGGGGUGGGGAUUAUCAUCCGCGAUGGGGUAGGCGAUGUUCUAUUAGCUGCAGGGGUCAGAAUGAUGGAUGUCUCAUCUCCCGAAGAAGCUGAAGCGCGAGCUAUUCUUUUUGGGCUGCAAACUGCUUUUGAUGCGGGUCUGAGGAACCUUGAAGUAGAAUCGGAUUGCUUGAAUGUGAUUAAGCUGCUGAAUGGACAUAAAGCAAGGACUUUAACUCAAGUAGUUGUUAACGAUACUUUAGCUCUUUCGAACUUGUUUUCCUUUUGUUCAUUUUCUUUUGCUAAUAGAUCGUGUAAUAAGGUGGCUCACUCUGUGGCUCAACUCUCUCUUUCCUAUGACGAGAUGAGGGUGUGGCUAGAGGAUCACCCCCUGACUUGCUUUCCCUUGUCCUGGCGGACAAGGUUUUGA